GCCAAUUGUUCUAUGAAGGGCACCUCACGUUGUCUAUAAAAAGAGAAUCGGUCGUAUACCGAGUUUUAUUCUCGCUUUUAUUCAAAUCCUCCUCCAACUGAAGUGAGCUACGACAGUGUUGGUAGCAGUCGAGAAACAAUCGAGAAACAAUAAGAUCCGAGAGUGUGUGAAAGUGGGCAGAGAUUUGUUUGGUGUCGGUUGGUCCGAGAGGAGAAAGUGAUUUUUGAGUUUGUACCAUGGACUCACAAGAAUUCAGGGAGUUUGGCAAAGCCGCUGUUGACUACAUUGCCGAUUACUUCGAGACCAUCAGGGAGAGACCUGUUUUGCCUUCGGUCAAACCCGGAUAUCUGGGCGAUCUCCUCCCGAAGGAACCCCCACAGACAGGCGAAUCAUGGCAGGACGUGCUACAGGACGUCGACAGGAUCAUAAUGCCAGGACUCACGCACUGGCACUCCCCCAGGUUCCACGCCUACUACCCUACAGCCCAUUCCUUCCCAGCGGUGGUAGGGGAGAUGCUCAGCGCUGGAUUCGGCUGUGUGGGAUUGAGUUGGAUUGCUAGUCCUGCCUACACAGAAUUGGAAGUGGUUAUGAUGAAUUGGCUCGGAAAGCUGCUAGAUUUACCAGAGGAGUUUCUGAAUUGUUCAGAAGGUCCUGGAGGAGGGAUAAUACAGGGAUCAGCAAGCGAGGUGACCUUCAUAGGCUUACUAGCAGCCAAAGAAAAGAAAGUCAAAGCCCUCAUGGAGCUCAACCCAGACCUCAAGGAAUCCGACAUCAAGGGAAAACUAGUAGCGUACGCCUCCGAUCAAUCCAACUCCUCAGUAGAAAAAGCCGGCCUGCUGGGUUCCAUGCCCAUGAGACUGCUGCCAGCCAACGCAGAAGGAAAGCUCACAGCCUCAACUCUCCUAGAAGCGAUUCGCCAAGACAAGAACAACGGUCUGAUACCUUGUUAUGUAGUGGCCUGCCUGGGAACCACUCCCACUUGCGCUUUUGAUGAUCUGGAAGAAUUAGGCCCCAUCUGCAACAAAGAAGAGAUCUGGCUUCAUGUAGACGCUGCCUAUGCCGGUUCAGCCUUUGCGUGCCCCGAGUACCGAUAUCUGAUGAAGGGUGUGGAAUUCUCAGACUCGUUCAACUUCAACCCCCACAAAUGGAUGCUGGUGAACUUCGAUUGCUCCGCUAUGUGGGUGAAGAACGCGAAAUACCUAGUGGAAGCGUUCAAUGUCCAGAGGAUUUACCUCAAAGACCAACACAAGGGCUUGGCUCCUGAAUACCGACACUGGCAGAUAUCGCUCGGCAGGAGAUUCAGAGCCCUUAAGCUCUGGUUCGUCCUGAAGAUAUACGGGGUUGAAGGGAUCCAAAAGCACAUACGUCACCAAGUCGACCUGGCAAAGUAUUUCGAGGAACUGGUAGGGAGAGACAAGAGGUUCGAGGUGUGCACUUCAAGUAUGGGGCUUGUUACGUUCAGGUUGAGAGGAAACGAUAGUCUGACUCAACAGCUGCUUGAAAAGGUUGAUGAUAGAAAACAUAUUUUCGUUGUGGCAGGACGAUCAGAUGGUAAAUUCGUGAUCAGAUUCGCUGUUUGUAGCCGUUUGACAGAAAAGAGGGAUGUUGAUUUCUCUUGGGAGGAGUUGUUGUCGCAAGCUGAGGAGAUUGUUCCUUCAAAGAACAAGAUCAAUACUGAACUGAGUGAUAAGAGGAGUAUUGCUUCUAUAGAGUUGACGGAUGCCGCUAGAGAGAAAAUACGAAUGGAGAAGUCCAAGUAGUGUUUAGGUCAAAUUUUAUGUAAGAUAUCAUGUAGUAUAAUUUUUCCCUUAUUUAUUAUUAAGAUUUCUGAAGUUUUUGAAUAAAGCUAUAUUUUGUGUUAUCAA